UGUGCCGGGAACAGUACGUGUGAAGAGAACAGAAAAAAUGUAAAAGUAAAAAAAAAAAUGAGGAUCUGUCUAUCAGUAAAUAUAUGAAUAAUAUGUAGUUUGCGGCCACAAGAGACUGAAACCUUGAACAGACAACCACUUGACUGGCUCACGUUUUGUAAACGAAUAUUAUUUAAUCCCCCACAAUAACCGGUAUACUUUGCUGUGCACAAGACGAAUCCGAGUAACAGCAGGUAGCCAAUAAGCAUGUCGUCGCUCCUGGAGAUCAAAAGCAGUGUGCUGAGGCAGGUGCAGGGCCGGCAGUCCACUCAAGGGAGGAGAGAGACCGCGUCCCCAGCCAGCAGCCCUGUGACCACCUGUCCUGACGGCGCAUCCCCCAGGAUAGCUGAAGGCAAUGGUGAGUUUUUUGAGCGCAUGAAGCACAUCCUCCAGAAGCAGGAAAAUAUGCAUCGCACGGCACAGAACGAGACUCGUUCCUCUCAGGGCCAGGAUGGCAAUGGCACCGCCCUUCCUUCAGAGACAGUCAGUGGCAUCUGUGUUCCAGAGAAAGUGACCAAGAGAGAGCUGGUCCUCCUAUAUGAAGAAGCAGUCUACACUGUGAUGAACAAGGUUGGGGUGCCCUGUCCAGAAUAUGUGACCAAUGAAGGAGCACUCUUCAGCUACCUGCAGAAGGUGUUUGACGUAGAACCAGAGGAGCAAAAGACUAUUCUACAGAGAGUCCAGGAAUCCAAGAGAGCAAGCUACUCCUUGAAGGUUUCUGUCAUGGAAGGGAAAAAUCUUCUGGCAAAAGAUGCCAAUGGUUACAGUGACCCCUACUGCAUGCUGGGAAUACUCCUGGGCCAAAUCCCAAGGGAGCUAGAGGAGAGGAAAGAGAGAAAGUUCAGCUUCCGCAAGAAAAAGGACAAGACAGAGAAGCGCUCCAGUGCCAGGGAGGUACUGGCAGCCAAGUGCAUCCAGGUCACUGAGGUCAAACCCGAGACUCUCAAUCCUGUGUGGAACGAGCAUUUUGUUUUUGAAAUUGAUGAUGCCUUGAGUGAUCUACUCCAUUUGGACAUAUGGGAUCACGAUGAUGACGUCUCUGUGUCUGAGGCCUGUAAGAAGCUCAAUGAAGUCAGUGGACUCAAAGGAAUGGGCAGAUAUUUUAAGCAGAUUGCCAAGUCUAUGCGAUCCAACGGCAAUGCAGCAUCGGCAGUGGAGGAGAAUGUGGAUGACUUUCUGGGCUGCCUGAACAUUCCUAUUAACGAAAUCCCAGCAGUUGGAUGUGAUAGGUGGUUCAAACUUGAGCCCCGAACCAGUGCCUCCAAAGUGCAGGGAGAGUGUCACCUGAUCCUGAAGCUCUUCACCACGCAGAGAGACACAUCCCUAAGUAAAAGAGAUUCGCACUUGGCUAUUCAUGAGAAGCUCCUGAGCCAGAUAAUCGGUUAUGAGCACUCUCAGGUUCAGGUUAAGCCCUACAGCUGGGAUGGGAAACUGAGUCAGCCGGCGCAGACUGUGCUGUCCCACCAUGCCGUACAAGUUGACCUGUCACCACUACAGCAGGCCAUUAUACGGUGGAAGUGCUACAGCUGCCAUCACCGAUCCCAGCGAAUGUGUUACUCCUUUCUCCUUGGGCUCCUGAAGAAUAUCGAGGAGGAGUGGGACGCCUCCUCCGUACAGGGGGAGCUGGAAGCUAGCCUGGCCGACAGUUUCAGGCUCCACACGGACUACUGCCUGUCUCUCCUGAGGAACAUGCGUCAGGCGUUUCCCUGCUCCAGCCCCUCUGCCAUCACUCGCUGUGAGUUCAUGCUGAGGACCUUAGGACACAUUCACACCAUGCAGGCCUUUAAGACUGUGUGUCCCUUCCGCAAGGAGCUGCACCUGGAAAUUGCCACUGUCAUUAAGAAGACUACAUUGGAAUGGUAUGAAGGAAUCAUUUCACAAUAUAAACCAGAUGAAGGGACCCUGGAGGAGAAGCUGAGACGGCUGGUCUUGGUGGUGGAUGCAGUGUGUACAGAUGUACAGAGAGGGCAUAAUGUCUACAAUAAGCUCUUCUCCAGUUCUGUGAAUGUGGAAUUCUUCAGUGUCUCCUACCGUCAACUGGAAAAACUGGUGGCAGAUGAUGUGAGCACAGCCAUGGAAAGAGUGCGUGGAACGCUGGAGCAGGAGGGCUCCAAGCUGACCCACACCAUGGGGGAGACACUCUUUGAGCUCUACAUUUCCCUCAAGACUCUCAAACUCUUCAGGGAGUUUCUGCCUCUCAGGGAUGCCAAGAUAUUGGCACUAACAGGAUUUCAUGAGUGGUUCAAGACCUCCAUUCAUAUGUGGCUGCAGAUAGUCCAUGAGAAGUCAUGUGACAGAAUUCGCAGAGCUGUGGAGGUUGACCAGCUGGAGCCUGUCCACAGUCUGUCCAAGCAUAGCACCUCAGCCGUGGAUGUGACCACCUGCUUCAGCCAGGUGCAGCAGUUCUGGGCUCAGCUGGCCUGGCCUGAUUCAGCGGGGGCCUUCAUCUUUGUGACUCGACUGACAGAUGAUAUUUGCAGCGCAGCUGUGCUUUACUCUGAGCUGAUCAAGUGUAAAGUUGAGAAGAGACAGCUUGGACAGGACAAGAACCUCACCAGCCAGCUGUGCAUCGCUCUGAACAACAUUGAGCAUGUGCGGGCGUUCCUGGGCAACCUGCCCCAGGACCUGGACUGGCGAAGCCUGGAGCAAACCAUGGAGGAGUCCUGUGGAGUGGACGGCAAGGAGCAGGUCAAUAAGGCCCUCAACGUCCAGCUCUACAACAUCGACAUGGACCUGCAGAGAGAGGCGAAGCGCAUGAUCACACACCUCACUGAUAAGAUGAUUUUGGAUCUCAAGAAGUACAUCCAGCAUAUCAGUCUCUCCCCAGACACCAUCAACAAUGAUGAUGCUGUGUCCCCUCUGAUGAAAUAUUUAGAUGACACAUUGGUGCUCUUCAGCGAGUCACUCAUGAAGGAGAAUCUGGCCAGGAUUCUGCAAGGCUUGUGGCGUCUGCUACUUAGAAUGAUCUUUGACACGGUGGCUGACAAUCGAGGCGUCUCCCUGGAGUUCUAUGGGAGAUUUCACUUCACUGUGGAGGCUCUGGUGGAGUUUUUCCAUGCUGAAGGAGAGGGUCUGUCACUGGAGGAUCUCAGGAAUGAAGACUACAAGGCUCUGGAGGAGGAAUUGCGCCUCAACAAGUGCUCAUCUAACGAGCUGAUCGAGCAACACUUCCUGGAGAAGAUCGCACAACAGAGGAUGUUGAAGCACAGUAGGUUUGGCCGGAUCAGUGUCAAGUGCUAUUAUGAAGCUUCUGACCAACGACUAACCGUGGAGAUUUUGCAUGCAGCCAACCUUAUUGCAUUGGAUGCCAAUGGUCUGAGUGACCCCUUUGUCAUCGUGGAACUCUGUCCUCGCCAUCUGUUCCCCGCGGCCAAAAGUCAGCGAACCCAAGUGAAGCCCAAGACCCUGCACCCUGUCUUUGAUGAGCUCUUCCAAUUUCACGUCAGCCCUGAGCAGUACCGGCACUCAUCUUCAUGUGUGACCUUCACCGUGAUGGACUACGAUUGGCUGUCCACCAAUGACUUUGCCGGGGAGGCCAUUGUUCCCCUUAGUGACCUCUGUGGGCUGGAUAAGCCCAGUUCACAUGGAGGGGGCACGAUGGUGCAGCCACUCAUCCUACACCUGUCCCGGCCCAAGCCAAGUGGUAAGACCCAAUCUAAUGGGGACAAACCUAUUUUGAAGAUGCUGGAAGCAAGAACCACGGACAGGGAGGCGCAGGAGUUUGUGAAAAAACUUAAAGAAAUUCAGAAGUCAGUAGGAGAAGAAGAGUAAAUUGUGCACACCAAUAUGACUGUACAAUGAUUUAUUGGUACGUGUGUUUUUUACUUGUUGUAUCAGGUCGACUUUAAAAGGAAAGCACUCCUGCAUUUCACGGUAUUAAUGAUGGAAGCAGAAGGGACAGGACAUUCAUUUUUAGCCUGUUGAUAGAUGCCAAUUGUGGUAGCGUAUUUUACGUGUAUAUUUUUAACAAUUCUUUCCUGAGGCCAAACAAUAAGACUGGUGCAGUUCAGUGUUUCAGUGUUCUUGCCUAAAUAGCACACGUACUGUAUGACAGGAGACUAAUCUAGGAAAGACAAUAAUCAUGAUAAAUGUCCUGUGUGAAACAAACCAUCUCUGCUCAUACAAGUACACAUCAAUUUAAGAGGUUAAAAAGUGAACUGGUGACAAAAAUGUUCAGAAAUGACUUUUCCUAUUCUUGAGUCUUGCACAACUUGGUAAAAGUUCCUAUAUUUUCAGAUCCUCAAAUUGUGAUGUGAAGUGAAAAACAACAGAUCUGUGUGUAUCUGUAAGUGAUAUGUAUGUACUAACUGUUGUGCUUCACUUGAUGUUAUUUUUAUUUCGAAAGAUUAUUUAUUUAACCCAUUCAGGAUAUGUACACAAUAUUCAGUGUUCUAUAGACUGACAUAGAAAUCAUUCUACUAAGGGUUCAACUUUAAUUGCUGAGCCUAUGAUGCCUACAUGUACCCCUCAAUCUUGUUUAAACCAAACAACUGCAUUGCCAAGCGCAUUUUCAGAUUUAGGAUGUCCAAAUAUGUCCAUCAGUGGUGAUACAAGCAAAGAGUAUUUUUCCACUGUCUAGUGAGAGAAAAUGGAUGAGCAUCUUAAUAAAGUUGCUGAGGGAAACAAUUUUUCUGGUUAAAAUUGCAGUCUAAAUUGAACUGAAUCUGACUGAUUUAGCUAGUAAAAAUAACACAGAUUAGACUUGAGAUAAACAUUCCAAGGCUUGCUGUUUUACCAGUCAAAAAAAAACAAUGUUGGUAUUUGUCGGUGAAAUAAAUGAACAUCAGUUUCGUAUU